AACUUUUUGAAGACUAAGUAUAAAAAAAGCUUGAAAGUAAAGAAGGUACAUUUUAGAUACUUUUAAGUAAAUGAACAUUUAAGGUUCUUUAACUAUUGAUAAUGAGUUUUUUUUCGUAGAACGAAAAUUAGCUUUCCAUAUCUAGGCUUAACUUAAUGGCCCUAUAUUUGUAGAAUAAAUAUAAAUAAGCACCUAUCGGAGUUUUAGUUAACGUUUUAUAAGUAUUUUGACAUUGAAACCAGAUUACUUUUAUAAUUUCUUUGUGUAAGAAUUGAAGUAGAUUGUGGACAACUCGUCAAACGUAAACGUAAGAUUCAAAACGUCCAAGUUAUCAGUAAACUGGAGAUAGACAGUGUGCCUUCUCAGCGCAUAUGUUUUAGUCGUCAGUUUGGUGGUAGCGCGCGGAGCUUCUUGGCCCGUUUGAAGAGAAUCAUCGAAAUCACGUGUAUCGACAUAAAUUGUUUAAAAAAAGAUCUUUCGGGCUUUUUUUCUGACCAGCAGCCAUGUGUGAAUGGCUGUCGUACGCCGAUUGGUGCGAUGUGAAAUUGCUCUGUGGCGAUCGUACAUUCGAGGCUCAUCGUGUUGUUCUUGCCAGCGCCAGUACCUUCCUUAGGGAAAUUCUCUUAUCCUGCCACACGAAUGAGACACCGACGCACAUGAUGCUACCGGAUUUCGACAAGGAAGCCAUGUCGGCGGUUCUACAUUAUAUUUAUAAUGGGGAGGUCGUUUUACAAAAACAGAAAAUGGACAUGUUCUUGGAUAUAGUGAAAGCUAUGCGAAUAUAUAUUGAUUACGAACUUUUGAAUCCAGAGUUAGGCUGUGUACAAAACUCUAAUUCUAAUUCAUUUUUCAAGACAAAUGCAUGUCAACAAAGCUGUAUAUUCAGUCCGAAAUCUGCAGAAUGUUUUAGCGGAUCUUUCGUUACUAUUAAGAAAAAAUCGAAUAUUAAAGGUAUACAAUAUUUUCUGCAAAACUUUGAUUCUCACGGAAGGCAAAUUACAUUUCAAGACAAUAGGGGUGUACAGUGUGACAAUGCUUCAAAAGAUUUCAAAUCACCAUUUGUAGACCGACAAAGGAACUCUUUCCUACGUGAUUUAUUUAUCGAGACAUAUCCUCGAAACGGUAAUGUUAACGGUCAGACGAGAAGCGUGCUAGCAAUAUCAAAUGAAUGCUAUCGUUCUCCGGGAUCUGUGCUCUUGACGAAUGCAAAUGCCGAACAUCUCGGCGCCGGCGACAUAGAUGUACAAAAAUAUAAAAGCACCGUCGAGAUCCCCUUUCAUUCGCCGACAUGUCGCCCUGAACACUUGAGACAGUUUACGCAAAACCAGAAUUUAAUGCAAAAUUAUUUUCGGACCAAAGACACAAAAGAGAUAAUUAAUCUAAGAUCGUGUUAUAAAUAUUCGAAUACUGUAACGAAUACAGAAACAUUACCCAAAAAUAUGGUACCCAUGUUACAGACUAACCUACAGACAACCUAUUUAAAUGAUCACGCUCCAAACACAAAUAUUCAAAAUAUGUCGAGCUAUACCCAAUCAAUGGCAGAUAUAAACGAAUGUGGUAUGUCUCUACAAAAGCGAACUAUAUUAAGAGAAAGUUCAUUGCUUAUUAGUCUGGCUACUGAUUUUGAAAACGAAUACUGCGAAUCUAAAACGAAUGCUAGAACUAUAUCGAAAGCAGCAAUAUCAAAUCAUGUUCUAGAGAACCCUUGGCGACCACGGCUACCCGUAGAUGCGAAGCCUUUUCGCAGGAAAUUCAAAGAAUCAAGUGAAAAAUUACCCUUACUGAACAAGGUGUCUGAAGCUGUUAGCGAUAAUAACAAUAACUGUGCAACUACCCCUGCUGCACUAAGCAACCAACUUCCAGUCUUAAAAGACGAGUUCAAAUGCAACAUUUGUAGCCAGCGGUUGUGCUGUUAA